AAUAAAUCUACUUUUGCCCAAAACCCCAGACCCAAUUCCCAAAUUCUUUUUCUAGAUUACAUUUGCCAAAUGGGAAAAUCAAUGAGUGAUCGAAUCACAACAAUAUACGUGCCAUUAAAUAUCAAAGAAGACGACAGAUUGACAAACUUCAAGUCAGUCUUCUUCCGAUGGCUUCUUAAUUUCUAGAGAGAGAAACCCAAACAGAUUUUGAGAGAGAAAGAGCGAAGAUAGGGAUCUAUCUUUCUUAUCUGGGAUCUCUUCCUCUCUCUAUCUUGUUUCCGUAUCUGUUGAUCAGAAAAAAGUGGCCCAGCCGAUCGGAGAUUUCUUCUUUUUUAUCUUUUUCAUGGCUGUUUAGUUUCAUGGAACUCACGAGAAAGCUCGAUUGUCGGAGUUGUUUGAUUUUUUUCUUCCAAUUUUGGAAAUUCUGACGAAAAUCGAUUCUUCGAGUUCAGAAUUCUUACGAUUUACCAGAGACCCAAAUACAAAAAGUACGAGAAGAAAUGGGAGCCAAAGUAGAAUCCAAGACAUAUUUCCCAAGUUCAAUGAUAGAUCUCAACAAUGGUUUUCAUAAUGAUAUUUGGAAUCCAUAUCACGAUGACAAAACUCACAAGAUCUCUGGCCCCACAAACAGUCACCAUUAUAACUACUUUCUAACAACACAAACCAUAGAUGGAUACGCUAAAGAACAGAUUAGGCAAACUAUCUUGAAGCAUGAAUCAAUCUUCAAACAUCAGCUCCAAGAACUUCAUCGCCUGUACAAAAGACAACAAGAUUUGAUGAAUCUAACCAAAGAAACACGUAUUUUUGCCUCAAGUUUUCCUCAUUUGGGCUCGACUUUUAGACCUUUCAAUUCUAGAAAUGGGAAAAGUCUCGGUGUUCCUGAAAGACGAGUGAUUGAUUUACAACCGUCUGCUGAUGAGCAACAAAUAGGAAUUUUUCAAAAUUUGACCCAAAAAAACCCGUUUAAUUUGGCCGAUUUAAACAAACCGAUUAUUGAAUGCAUUUCAUCUGCCAAAAAAACGUUAUUUGGUGUCGAAAUCAACUCUGUUCAUCAAAAUCCAUUGGCUCGGGUCCUUCGAUUCAGGCAAUUCAAGAUCGAUGACAAACUCAGAGUGGCAAAACCGUAA